AUGAUUCAUAUUAAGCCUUUAGAAGAUAAUUUUGAUUUAGCAAUAUAAAUGCUUUAAGAAUAUUCUCUACCAGAAUAAAUACCCUGUAGAGAUUAUGAAAAAAAAUAAAUUUAAGAAUUUAUAGAUUAAGGACUAUAGAAUAAUGGAUAAACAAAUUGCUUAUAUAUUUCAGGUGUCCCUGGGAUUGGGAAAACAGCUUCCUUCUUAGAAGUAAUAAGAAAUAUUUAAAAAAAAGAAGAAUUUUUAUUUAUUCAUAUAAAUGCAAUGAACCUAAGUAAUCCAGAACAUGUUUAUUAAUUGAUUUUAUAACAUAUUAUUGGUGAAUAUAUAGGAUAAUUGAAUAUAACAUAAACAUCUUCAUUUUCAAUAUUAAAUGAAGUUUUAACAAAAGGAAAAUUUCCUUAAAAAUAUAAAUAAUUAAAUUAAUACAUAAAUCAUAAAAAUAUUGUAAUUCUUUUAGAUGAAUUGGAUUUUCUAGUAACCUAAGAUUAAGAAGUCUUAUAUAAUUUAAUGGAAUGGCCACAUCAUAAAUAAUCAAAGCUUACCAUUAUUGGGAUAGCAAAUACGAUGAAUCUUCCAGAAACUUUAUAAAACAAAAUAAAAAGUAGAAUGGGAGCUCUAAGGCUAAUAUUCAAUUAAUAUACAUAAAGCUAAAUAUAAAAAAUAAUAAAAUAUAGACUGGAGAACGUAAAAAAUGUAUUUGAAGAUAGUGCAAUAUAAUUUGCAACGACGAAAAUAGCAUAAAGUUCUACUGAUUUAAGAAAGCUUUUAAAAAUAUUAAGGAAAUCAAUUGAAAUAUGUUUAAAAGAAAAUUAAUAAAAAAAACUAACAUUCUUAUUCAAAUUUAACAUAUAAAUAAAGCUUAUUAAUUAUAAUAUAAUUCUGUUUAAGAGAAAAUAUUUUAAUCUUUUCCCUUUUAAUUUAAGGUUAUCAUUAUCUCUAUUGCUUUAGAAAAUAAAAAAAGAGAUACUAAUAUCAGUUAUUUAUCCUAGGUUUUUAUUUUUGUUUAUAUUUAUAUUUAUUAAUUUUGUUAACUAGAUUUAUGAGAGAUAUUUAUUUAUGUUAAAUAAUUUGGGGGAAUAAAAAUAAUUAAGCUUAAGUUAGGUUAAUUCUGUUCUUAAUUAAUUAGCAAGUUUAAAAAUUUUAUAAAUAAAAGAAAAGCUAUGGACUUAGAAAGAAAUAAUAAACUGUAAUUUAGAUCCUAAUAAAUUCCAAAUUAGUAAUUUUGUUGAUAAAUGUAUUACUUCGUAAUUUGAAGUUGAUAAUGUAACCAAUUACCUUAGAGAUGACGAUGUUUAUAAAAAUUUUUAAUUUUAAUUUUGA